AAAUGUAAUUAAGCUUGCAGCAGUGAAAUAAGUACAUACCAGAGUUAUCAAUCAUAGGCACAUCUACAACUGAAAUUUUAAAAAAUACCCCUGUUAGCUGUUGUAUGAGGAAAGAAUUGCAGCAUAUUUUAAGGUAUUUUCCCACCAUUUGCUUGGAAAGGCCAAGGAUAACAAAAAAUGUCAGUCAGGAUAGUAAGUCCCAAUUUCAACACAGCAGUCUUCCUCCUCGCCCCAUGCUCUUGCACUAUUUUCUAGUUCUGAUGUGUUAUUGCAGGUGAUGUGAUGCAGCAGUUAGCACAUAUUCCCAUAGCUUUGGCAAUUAGGCUGAGUUUCGGGAUAGGAUGGGGAAUUCUUUUGAUGUUCAUUCCCCAUAAAGAUGGUGUAAUUCAUUAUAAUCUUCAUGUCAUUCACAAUAAUAAUUUAUUUCCCUGUAUUGAUGUUUCACUGUUGUAUAUUAACCUUCUGUUAGGUUAUGUUUCACUUGUCAAUAGUCCUGAUUUUUGUGGUGUCUGGCAACUUGAAUGUUAAAGUGCUUAGAAAGAUACUAUCAGGCCAAUUAGAAUUUUGAGGUUAUGAUCACUUGAGUUAAUUUUUCACAGCACAGAGAUUAUGAGUGCAUCAUUCUGUCUGUCAAUACUGUUUUUGUUUACAGUUCUCAGAAUAAUUGAAAGUAAAUACUUUUUUUGUGUCUGUUAAUACACUCUAUCGGGUUAGAUAUCAACAGUACCUUUCUUUACAGAAAGAAGAUGCCAGCAUACGGAUGUGACGAAGGCUGGAGAUAAGCAAUACAUACGUUUCUUAAGCUUUUUUUUUACCAUAACUGAAGCUUUGAAACAUCAUAAAGUUUAUCCGGUACUUGUUGGUUACCGGGACACAAAACGGGGGAGUCGAAUAUCUGGGGUUGGAUUGGAACGGAAAACUGCACAUGCGUAUCAGUAUAUCCGUAUACUCGGUUGUUGUUAUCUGUUAGUUCGUUGAGUUAUUUAUUACUGUUUGGUACCAUGUUAAAAAUUUGGGAUUUACAGUGAGGAAGAUUCUGUCUCUUUUCUGCAAGAUGAAGGAAUACUACUAUAUAAUAACUUUCAAUUUGGUGCAGUGGUUAUCCUGUGUGGGAGGAAGCUGCUUUGAGUAUGCAGAAUGGUUGUUCUGAUUCUUGCUGUGAGUAUCCACGCGGGGUACAUCGCCCCUCUAGCCCCUGAGAGUUAUCCCCUGGCCCUGCCAGCAGCCGGACACGCAGUUGAUUAUUACGCUUAUCCUCGAUACGCUUUCGACUACGCCGUUCAUGAUCCCCACACUGGAGACAAGAAGAGUCAGUGGGAGUCACGUGAUGGUGACGUAGUGAAAGGGUCCUACAGCCUGGUGGAGCCCGACGGAACUAUCCGCACUGUGGACUACACCGCUGAUGAUCACAACGGGUUCAACGCUGUUGUCCACAGAGUCGGCCAUGCAGUUCACCCCGUCGCGCCAGUGUACAGCGGUUAUGGGGGGUAUGGUUACGGUGGUUAUGGUGACAAGGGUGGUUACGGCGACUACUAUUAAAUUCCAAAGCUAACUUGUGAAUUUUUCAGAUACGAGGAAAUCAAAAAGAUAAUUUUUAGGAUUUUCUGAAACUUUUGCUAGUAAAUAUUUGGUUAAUGUCCGUGAAAUUUGAUACCGAACAUCUGAAUUCCUCUGUAACUGCCACAGAUCGGUAAUAACUGAGGACGAAUGUAGAGAAUGCAAAAAAAUUGACAUUUUAAAUUUAUUGCAAAGGUCGUGCGUUUUCUUGCCAAUGCCCGAGAAAACUAAAAAGUAGGUCUCCAAAAUGUUAAUUGUUGUAACUCCUAUAGGCAUCCAACACGGUAUGAAGCGCUUGUUGUAAGUCAUGUCGGAUUAUGGUAAUCACACUAUUCUCAAAACAAUUUUUGGCAAUUUGACCGUUCUCUACAAAUAGUUCUCAGUUCCUGUCUCUGUAUCUCUCUUUAUUCUUAUGCUUUAAAAAGAUUCAAAUUUGUAUUUAAAUUAAAUAAAUAACGUAAUUGAUUCACUGUUACAAUUUUUGUACACUGUCAAUAUGUACUAUGUUGCUUUGUAAGUGUUAAAAUACAUUAGAUGUUGUAUGUGUUGCAUCACGUUUAUUUUCGUUUAUGGACAAGUAAGCAAUAUUAAAAUUGUUGGAUAUGUGAACAAGUGACAGAUUCUUGUGGAGAAAUUAAUUUUCGCACGACUUACACAAAGUACGGGGAAUUUCUUGGCUAGUUCUUCUCUAUUCCAUUUAGUUAAUGAGAAGAAUCUUAUGAAAGUUCGUUUUGAUAAUUGAAAGUUCAUUUAAGCGACUCAGGGCUCAGACAAAUGGCGAAUUCUGAUGUUGGCAAUGUUAGGCCUGGUUUCCCUACCAGAGAUAACACAACACAUAAGCUUUCCACAAACGGCUGUGAAACAUUUUCCUUCAGACAACUUAGAACGAGACAGCCAGAAACGACAAACUGCAGUUAUCCGCGUAAAUCUUUCCAGUCGGUGAGACUCUUUUUAUGUCAAGUCCGUGACGAAUUACCUACAAUAAAGAGAUCUGUAAACAUUA